UCACACUGGAAGAAAAAUAAAACAAAAAUGGCGCGACCGAAACGAAACGUCCUCGCCGCGGCCGAGGAGACCACCACCCCACCAGACGCACUGGCUGCCAACCAAGCCAUCGCGCGCAUCAUCAAGGCCGAGGGCAACAGUCUGUAUUCGUGCACGCUGCCCAACGGCAAAGAGGUCCUCGCGGAGCUGGCCGCGCGCUUUCGAAAUACGAUCUGGGUCAGGAGAGGUGGUUACGUUUUGCUGGAGAGGGCCGACGAGGAGGAGCGCAAGGGUAGCAGGGUGGAAGGCGAGAUUGUCAACAUUGUGCGCGACGAGCGCGAAUGGAGGAAACAGCCAUACUGGCCCAAAGAGUUCACAAAGAAGGUCGAAGAAGACAGCGAUGAGGAGUCAAACGUGGGGAAGAUGCCGCCAUCGGAUUCGGAAGACGACUCUGCUUGAAAGGAUGAACUGGAAAAGAUGAAAACUAUAAGACAACCUGGGGGCAUUUGCGCCAUAUUCCAUGCGCAGCGAAAGCCAGGAGGGCUCAGCGCUUUGCUUCAACCUUUUUCGCAGCCGGUACCUGAGGCCUAAACUCCGCCUUUGCCCCAACCAUAACCGCACCAACGGUGAUAGCCAUCACGCCGACGACAACGCCCGAGCUCACAGGCGUGCUGGGGUAGACGUUCCAAGCCCACUCCUGCAGGGCCCACAGUCCCCAUUGAAGCACAGGAUGGAUUCCGCUCCGCCAGAGCAGAUACGGGGUUGACCAGGCUAGAUAGGCGUAGAAUUGGUAGUGCAGCGACCGCGCAAAUAGCAUUCCAACAAUGUUGGCCGUCAGCAUCGUCGUCAUGACAUACUCUGGCGUGACUGCACGCGCCGCCAUCUGGGCCUCUUCCGCUGUAAAGAUUGGCCGCCCGGAGAGAAGAGGUGCUAUGAGGCCGCCAAUGCUUUUGCUCGCAGGCUUGAGCCACCGCUUCGUGAUAAAGGCCAACAAUACUGAUGCGUGGAGCGCGAGCAGUGUGAUGGCAAACGGCUUGCUCAAGAAAGUUUCCUCGCCAACAAACCGCCAGUUGACAGUCCACUUGAACAUGAACUGCCUCGAGAAUUCGAAUGCUCGGCUAAGAUAGCCCCAUGCGUUCUUGGACAAGAAGGGAAGACCGAUGGCGACCUGGAGCUGGCCCAUGAUGGAUGCGACGUUUAGUGCGCCUCCGAAACCGCGACCGAGGAGGAGAAUUACACCGACUGCCGGUAGAGACAAGAGCACAGUCAUCUUGAUACCCAAUCCGAAGCUGUAGAAGACGCCUCCGAGGGACCAAGCGCGGCGCUGGAAGCAGUAGAUGGCGACCCAAAAGAAUAACACGGCGAAGCAAUCAUUGAAGCAGCGAAGCACAAAGAUACUGUGCAGGCGUUUCGACAUGACAAGGAGGGGCAGGACAUAGGGUGGAACCUGUAAUGUGCCUAUUUGUUAGCCUGGAUAUCAACAUGGAAAAUGUCAUGAC